UUCGAGGACAACAAGCUACACCCACUCACCCUGAGAUGUUGCGUUGCAGUGUGAGUUAGCUGGGGUCAGACAUGAGUCAGUUCCUGGGUCGCCAGGACUGUAUCGAGAGCCUCCGGGGAGACCUGGUGGAUCUUCAGGGCGCCAUCCUGGACGUUUUCUCCAGAACUGGCCCGCUCCGCGCCCCCUCCUGGAAGUUCCCCGACAAACUCUCCUGUAACCUGGACAUGGUGGCUCUGCUGGGCCAGUAUGACUUUGUCGAGGGGGAGAGUGAAUUCAACCAGCACUCCCAUAUUGUCUUACUGGAGCUUGUGAUUGACAGACUACUGCUCCUUCUACAAAGCUCCAGUUCUUAUGUUGAGCAGCUGAGGUGCAGCCACAGGAGAGAACAAACCCAGCAGAAAGGAUGCCUGUCAGUUGGUCUCGUGGUCAGAAACUACUGGAGUAAUUUAGUUGAUUUUGCCAGCCUCACGGGCACCGUCAAAGCCAUCAAGAAACAGACAAAACCAAAGACAUUUGACUGUGAUGAGACAGAGACAGUGUCGUGUGCUUCCCCCCAGAUGAGCUCAAGGAGUGACAGCUGCAAACAUUGUUCAUCUGCCUGGUCUUCAUCAAGCUCCUUUAAGUUUUUACCGCAGAACCAUGCACCCUCUAGUCCUUCCCACAACACCCCAUGCGGUCCUAAAACGGACAGUCGCAGUGUGGGUUGUCAGACAGUGGAAUCAUCCCUCUCUCCCUGCGACGCCUGUCAUCGGGUGCAGUCCACCUUGAGAGAGGCAGGAUAUGCUUUGGUAGAACUGUUUCAGAGUGAGGGCCUGCCGUCCUCUCUGCAGCCACUGUUGGCUGCUGUGGAGGACACCCUGGAGCUUGGACACAUGACAACAGGGGAUGUUGCCCAGUGGGCCAAUGAGCAACUCAGGGACCUGCGCCGGCUGGAAAAACAUCUGCAAGAUGUGCGGGCUACAGUCCACCCUCUUAGGGAUAGAUUAGCAGCGGCAGAGGCAGAGCGGGAUAAAUUCAGAACUCAGUUGGAAAGAGCACGAAAAGACUUCAAGAAGGAGACAGAGAAACGCCAGGCAACCAUUGUCCAGCUGGAGUUUUCACUUAGCAAAGCACAGAGGUCCAUGAAGGAAACAGAGAAAAAGUUGCAAGAGGAGAAACAACAACUCAAGAGAGGUGCAGUAAACUCACAGAUGAAUAUGAUGAGAACACAUAGAGAUCACAGUUACCACUCAUACUUUUAUUUUCAAUUUUUUGCAACAGAAACCUUGUCGCAGGAAGAUGCAUUGCAAGCACUUGAAUGUGAGAAGACUGCACUGCAGGAAAAAGUGAAGUCCUUGCAGUUGGAGGAAGAGGCCUGUUGUAAACUACAAAACAGACUCCAGCAAUUAGAGAGUCACAUCUCUGAAACUCAAGUUCUUCUUGACAAGGAGAACGCCAAGUACCACAGCGCUUGUCGCCAGCAAGAGUCAAUGCAGGCGAAGCAGAAGUCUUUGUUGGAGAGAGUGGAUGCUCUCGAUGAAGAGUGUGAAGAGCUGCAGAGGCAGUUGGGAGAGAAAGAGGAGAGACAGAGCGACCGACGCAAUGAGCUGCAACAGAUGUCAGAGGAGAAGGAGCAACUGCAGGCCCAGCUCACACAACAGCAGGUCUUGCAUUUUGACCUUCAAACGGAGAAGGAGACGAUGGUAACAAACAUGGGCGAGCUAGAGAAGAGCGUGGCUGAGCUGAAGGAACAUGUGCAAGUUCUAUUGGAGAGGGAGAAGCUGUUGGUGGCCUUUCCAGAGCUCAGCCCCCAAGUGCAGGCCCGACCACAGAGUACAGGAAAUGUGCUUUUGGACAUGGAGCAACAAAUGCAGGCUAAUUGUGUUCGCGUAAAAGUUCUGGAGCAGGAAAAUGCUACCCUACUCAGCAGCCUGGAGAAACUGAGGGAGAGAGCUCAUUUUGUUUCGAGGGUAUAAUAGGGCACAGCAGCAGUGCAGCACGGCUGGGAUGCAGUAACAGGGGGAGGGAACCAAAUAUACAUGUGUGGAAGGUAGAUGAUGUCAACUUAAUUUUGCUUCUUCUUUCUCUUCUUCUUUUGAGGAUAAGAAACAGACAAACACACAAACUGAUGUCCAAGUAUUAGGAUUUGAUUGUGUUGCAACUUAUCACCUAACUAAUACUAUUUGGUUGGUCACGCAUUAUAUUGUGCUAUAUUUUGACUGAUGUGUUACUUUUUUAAUCCAUUUGAAACAACAUGUUUAUAAACAACCCAUGAUGUCAGAUACUAGAGAGAAGGCCUCACUCCUAUGAUACAUCAGAAAAAGGGGUUUAGAUUGAAUUCAAAAUGCACAAUGGUCUCUGAAUUUAAUGUAUUUGUUAAAUACAAAUAAAAAUACCUGUGGAUAAACUCA